GCUGUUCCUCUGAGUCUGGCCACAGCGUCCCCCUGUCCCUUCUGUCCACAGGCCUUCGAGAUCACGUUGGCGGUGGGUGAAGGGAAGGGCGUCAACAAGCGGAUCACCUACACCAACCCCUACCCCUCCCGCAGGACGUACCACCUGCACAGCGACCACCCGGACCUGCUGCAGUUCAAGGAGGACUCCUUCCAGGUCGGAGGAGGAGAGACCUACACGAUCGGCCUGCAGUUUGCCCCUGGUCCGGGCGUGGGGGAGGAGGAGAUUCUCAUUUACAUCAACGACCACGAAGACAAAAACGAAGAGACGUUUUGUGUGAAGGUCGUCUACCAGUGAGGGCGGGGGGCGCCCGUCCUCCCUGCAGCCCCCGGCCCCUGCCCACGUGCCUGCGCUGCUCUGCGCUCCGUC